AUGAAAGGUGCAGACCGCUGGGCGGCUGCUUCGACUACUGACAACACUGUGCGAGUGCGUGGCGGCGCAUGGCCUGAGCUGGAGCAGGCCAUGGCGCGUUGGAUUUCCAACGCGGGACCCGCUGGCGUGCCGCUGACACUGCAGACUAUUCGCGACCAUGUCGCGACCAUGGCCCGCCGCAUGGGUAUCCCGCCGACGUUUCGAUGCUCCAUUGGCUGGGUGCGCCGUGCAUUGCGGCGCCAGGGUGUGAGGUGCCGCGCCGCGGACGGUGAGGUGGCCAGCGCAGACAUUACCGCCGUGCGCAACUGCCGGGAGAAACUUCCGCAACUGCUCAUGCAUCUCUCCGCCAGGCCGCGCGAUACUUACAACCUCGACGAGACGGCGCUGUGGUUGUCUGUGCUCCCGCGUAGGACCUACAGCAACGGCCGUCUUCCCGGCCGGAAAAUUUCGAAGGAGCGGCUCACGGUCGCGUUCCUUGUCAAUGCUGAUGGCAGUCACGCCUUCCGUCCGAUGGUCAUCUCGAAGGCUAAGCGCCCGCAUGACUUCCGGCCUGACUACGACCCCAACACGCUUUGCUACUGGCGUAACAACGCCAAGGGGUGGAUGACGGCGCCUUUGUUUACGCAUUUCAUCGAGCAACUCAACGCGGCGAUGUACGCGGAGGGCCGACACAUCGUCAUCUUGCUCGACAACGCCAGCUCGCACAUGCUCAAGAGCGAGAUGGCGUGGAGCGAGGUCAUUCACGGCUUUCGCUCCACCUGCAUGAGCAAUGUCCGCUUGGUGUUUCUGCCGCCGAACACCACGGCAUUCACCCAGCCCCUUGAUCAGGGUAUCAUCGCCACCGCCAAGGCACGCUACCGACAGCACUGGCUGCGAAAUUUCACGGCCCUGUGGGCGGCGGACGGCGCAACAAGUGCCGCUGCGAGGUUCCGCCCGAAUCUCCGCGACGUUCUGUCGUGGCUGUCGGACGCAUGGACGAGCAUUGGCCCCCGCACCAUCCAGCGAUGCUGGUGGCGCACCGGAUGCAUGCCGCGUUCGUGGGCCAUGGAGCUGCCGCAUGUUCACGACGGGGAUGGCGACGUUGGCGAAGGCAGCACAGACGGCACACGCGUUGAUGCCUACCCCGACAUCGAUCUCGACGAGGACAUCGGGGAUGUCGGGAUUCUCAUUUCCUGCCUCGGACUCGGGCCCAGCGCCAUGCCCGCCACUGAGUACGUCGCGAUCGACGAGGAUCAGCCGACCUGCGCCGAGACCGGCGAGGACCCACUGGCGGGAGAGCCGGGUGCGGGCAUGGUGGCAGAACUUUGGGAGGCGCCCACCACCAUGCAAGCCGUGUACGAUGAGGGCGACCCUGUGAGCCGUGAAGCGCGGCGCACGGCACGGGCGGCGUGCGAAAUGCUAAUCGGAUAUGCGCGCGCCACUAGCAUCAUUCCGCGCGACCUGUGCCACCUAUUCGACAUCCGCAAUCCGCUCAUCAUUGAGCGGAUGGAGCGGGCGAGCCCGCCCAUCAAUCUGAACGUGACGCCCCCCCCCGCAGCUACGCCGGGCGCAAUCCCUACGCCCGAUACCCCACGUCCGCGCGGCCGUGUGCUGCCUGGCUGGAUGACCCAGCCUUCCCGCCGCCAGCAGCUGCUGGAUGCCGGCGUGACCGCCGUGAUGGGCGGAUACACUGACGCCGCAGAGUGGAUGCGUCUAAGUGAAAACGUAUUCGUACCACCUACGUUUGAUGAGACAGCCGAUGACGACGGUGUGGAAGCGGCAGCCGCUCGUGCCGCCGAUGAUCCGGAGGCAUUCAUGGCACGCAUGAGUGACUCGAGUGGGAUAGAGGAAGUUUCUCAGAUUCCCAACGGAUCUAAUCCGCGCCCCGCAGCUCCAUUCUCCUUCAAGGACGAAUUGGCACGCUGGAUUCUCCAAGAGCGUAUAUCUCAACGUUCGCACACCCCCUCUCUCCCUGCUAUCCAUUCUGCUAUGCCUGGCUCUCCCUACCUCUCCCUCACCAUCCUGAUGCAUUUCCAGCACAUCCUCUCUCUCCCGGCUAGCCAUUCUGCUAUGCCCGCCUCUCCCAACCUCUCUCUCACCGUCCUCAUUCACACCACCUCUCUCCCUGCUCCCCAUUCUGCCAUUCCUCUCUACCUCUCCCUGCCAGUCCCUCUCUACCUCUCCCUGCCAUUCCUUCUCUCUCCUGCGCUUCCCUCUCGCGCAUUGCCCCACAUUCUGGAUUUCCAGUCCCUCUCUACCUCUCCCUGCCAUUCCUUCUCUCUCCUGCGCUUCCCUCUCGCGCAUUGCCCCACAUUCUGGAUUUCCAGUCCCUCUCUACCUCUCCCUGCCAUUCCUUCACUCCCCUGUGCUUCCCUCUCGCGCCUUGCCCCACAUUCUGGUUUUCCAGUCCCUCUCUACCUCUCCCUGCCAUUCCUUCUCUCCCCUGUGCUUCCCUCUCGCGCAUUGCCCCACAUUCUGGAUUUCCAGUCCCUCUCUACCUCUCCCUGCCAUUCCUUCUCUCCCCUGCGCUUCUUUCAAUAA